UCACUGUCUGCUGUCUCUCCUCCUACGCUGCUGUCUCUCCUCCCUCUCUGCCACCUCAGGAAGUUCUGACUUUUCCUGUUAGCUAAAAGUUUUUGUGUUCAGAGGGCAGUAGACAGAGAGAGAGAGAGAGAGAGAGAGAGAGAGAGAGAGAGAGAGAGACAGGGUAAAAGGGGGAAGAUUUGCGGAAUGUCAGGCUGAGAAAAAGCACAGGAGACAGUUGCAAAAAGAAAAUAAAAGAAGAAGGGGAGACUAGAAAAAUGAUGUGACAGACUGAUAUUCAGAGUAUACAGAGAGAGGAAGGCAGAUAAAUAGAGGUUGAGACCAUAACAGCUCUGAUUGUGACUCUCUAAGGAGAAGUUGACAAAGCGGGGAGAGACUGUGACGGAGCAGGAUGGGUUAUCCCAGGGCACCUGCCAGUAAAGUGGAGCGUGCAGAAGGCCUGUAAUAAUAAAUCUUAUUAUUUCUGGGAACAAUGCAACAUUAACAAACAUAAGUUCUAUCAUGAAGUCCUGGCUGGUGCUUACACUUCUAAUUGGUGGCUAUUUGAUCUACCUGCUAUUGGGUGCUUUGGUGGUCUCCAAGAUUGAGGGUCCAUAUGAGGAAGAUUUACGGAAUGAGCUGAGAAGAAUGAAGCAGUCAUUCUUACAGCAAAGCUCAUGCUUGAAUGAGAGUGGCUUGGAGGCCUUCCUGGAGAAAGUCAUCAGAGCCAACAAGUACGGAGUCUCUGUCCUGCAGAAUUCGUCCAACGACAGUAAAUGGGACUUGGCAUCUUCCCUCUUCUUCUCCAGCACAUUGGUAACCACUGUGGGUUAUGGAUACACCACUCCCCUCACAGACUCCGGGAAAGCGUUCUGCAUCUUCUACGCCUUGGUGGGCGUUCCGUUCACCAUGCUGGUCCUCAGUGCCGCUGUCCAGCGUCUCAUGGCCAUCUUUACCUACAGGCCCAUUCGCUACUUCCAGAUUUAUCGGGGAUUUGACCGCAAGAAGGUCACAAGGGUCCAUAUCAUAGUCAUGAGCGUGGCAGUGGUAACACUGUUCCUUGUGGUGCCUUCUGCCAUAUUCAGCACCAUAGAGAGUUCCUGGAGUUUCCUGGAUGCAUUUUACUUCUGUUUUAUCUCUCUCUGCACUAUUGGGCUUGGAGACUACGUCCCUGGUGAGCAGGACAACCAGUGGCUCCGGCAGCUCUACAAAGUGUCUGUGGCCUUCUACCUCUUACUUGGCCUUAUGGCCAUGCUGCUCCUGCUUCAGACAUUCCACAAAGCCUCAGAUCUCCAUGGACUCACUGACCUCUUCUACCUCCCUCGUCUGCAUGACCAGGAAGACCAAGAGGCCAUACUGGAGACCACAAACUCCACUGUCAGGAACACAGAGCCCAAAAAGCCACUCACAACAGGGGCACAACCAAGCUAUUCAUCAAUCAAUCGAUAACCCAGGACUAGAUGGAAAUUGGGCACUGAAAAAGCCGGUCCUGCUUUAUGUAUUGUGGUAUUAAUAUUUACAAAGCCAGUAGGUGUCCAUCUAAGCUCUUCAUUACAUAGAGAGAUUACAUGACCACUGAGUCACCAGAGCCUGUUAUGUCAUGGUCCUGGUGCAAAUAUGACCUCACCAGUGGGAUUAGAACCUGUUUACAUUAUGUUGAGAGUAGAGAAUAUAUGUGUCUACAGUCAAUAGGUCGACCCCAAAUUAUCAACAUGGAAAUGUUCAACAGGGUCAAAAAGUCAACAGGUUCAAAGGUCGACAUAGAAAUGGUUGACAUCAAAAAAGUCAACACAAGUUGUUCUUUUCUCUCCACCUUUGCCCUAACAAAAACUACCAUUAGUGUAUCGCGUCUGCUCACCACGCUUUGUGCAAAUUCCCAAUCGUAGUCCACGUGGAUGGUAAAGUAUGAAAAAGUUGAAUAAAAUUAUAAAUAACGCAUUUGUCGACCAUAUGUGUGUCAACUAUUGUCAUGUUGACCUUUUGAACCUGGCAACCUUUUGUACCUAUCGACCUAAUGCAUGUCGGCUGUUUGAGGUCGACCUAUUGACUGUCAACCUUUUUACUGUCGACUUAUCAUCCAGAUACCGUAUUACUUAUGGUGCCACACUUAUCACAGCGAUUUGUGUCUUCGUUUUCACAAGUGCUUUUUAUUUAUCUUUACUCUGUAUGCACAUCCCACGUGUCACGCUAACUAUGUCAUUCUUAACAGGUCAUGUGAACGGUUUCAUGUAGUAGGACAAUUUAUUUCCACAUAUACAUUUUGUACUUACAAUGACUGAAAUAAGACCAAUAAUCUAUUUAUUUUUAGUGCUUAAUGUGAGAUGUAUUUUUAUGUGUAUUAACAGCGGAUAACAAAUCUCUGCCCAUCUGUACUAUAAUUAUUUCACUUUCUCUCCCCUAAAUGGCUCCUCAUUUCUACACAGCUGGCUUAGGACCAGUACAGCCAAGAACUAUGCGGAUUACUGAUAUCCUGUUUUACUAAUCCUAGGUGGAGACUUGCACAUAAACGUUUAGUAAUAAUUACCAUUUUCUUCUUUUACUAAGACAAAUGAAAAGGGAAUAUUAUAGAUGAUUGUUGGUGUUAAACACCUUUUAAUGUGCUUGAAAAUACAUGUAGCUUUUUUAUGCAGACCUUUGAAAAUAUAAUUAUUUUAGCAGUAAAUGUCACCAACCUCCUGCGUGUACAGGCCUAUACCAGGCGUAUGUUUCUGCAUCAUGAGAUUAGGUUUACAACCCAGCAGGAGGUUGUAGAUUUGUUUGUGCAUGUUCAUUUUCCUAGUAAUUCUAUACAUUUAUAAGCCUGCUUUUAAAAUGCAUCCUGUCACCUUGCAACAGUAGAGGCCAUCGGUGUCAGGCAAAACGUCCAAGGGCGCCACUCUAGAUUUUUUUAUGGCGCUGUGCCCCUCAGUUUGCACAGUAUAGCCUAGAUUCCACUACCAUGCAUGGGGUUGGCGGGGGAAGACGGCACAGUUUGCAGAGGAUUGGAAGUUUGCACUGGCUGAUGGGAGAGUUGAGUGGUGUGACACUUCUUCUAGUUAUUUAUGCAGCAAGUGCGCGGAGCAGCAGCAAAGUUCUAUUUCAUUUUGUGGUGUAUGGUUUUUGAUUUAAGAUUACGUCGUACAAAGAGAGCAUUUUACGGGUUUUCCUUGUUGCCUUAUUCUUAUAAUGGCGGUGAAGUGCGUUCCUAGGCGUGUGUAUGGGUUACCAGCGGCCGGGAUCCAGUCGGUCGGGACUAGGGGGAUGCGGGAUGUAGGUGCCGGUAAUCCGCCGGUCACAUAACUACGUCCCAUGUGUAUUGAUGACAAGGGCAUUUUGAAGACUUGCGAUGCUAGUACAAUUUAAGUAAAUAAAUGAAUAUUAUUUAUGAUGAGAAUGUACCAUUGAUAAUGUGAAUCUGCUUGAAUUAAUUGUAUGAGUAAGAUCUGUGUGUUGAGAACGUCCUGUGGUCUUCCAUGUUAGGGUUAUGGCUGUUCUGUUAUUGACAGCCAUAAAUUUAUUCUUGUGUCUUCAAAUCUCAAAGGGCUGUUCCACCUCCACAUAACUUUACUGUAUCACCAUUCUGCAAGCGUUAGUAAAUACGUUGCUUCUUCUGUCUAACAUUUGUUCAGUUGACUUUCAUUUAUUGACUUGCACUGCUUGCACUAGAUACAUUGUUAUUCUGUGUGUCUUUGUCAUGCUUAUACAUCAUCAGAAUUGUUUUGUUGGCCUGAGAUACGACACCAAACUGCUCUCUGGAUAAAACUGUGUGCAGUGCAAUGUCUGCAGCAGAGUGUGUCACAAUCCGGGCACCUAAAAGUAAUACUUCUACCUAAUAAUAUAAAUACAUCAUGGCUAAGAAGUGCAAAACGCAGCAUUAAGGACAAAUCUUUGUAUUUCAAAAAUAUUGCUGGAGAACAGCCCCACCAAUUAGUUAUUAAAUAGCAGCUAGGGCAGUAUUAAUAUACAGUAUAGGCAAGAAGGAUCAAUUACCCUGAAUGCCCCCAGGACUGGGGUCCCACUUACACUUCUAUAGGAGAAUGAAUAGGUGAGACCAUAUAAUCGGUUAUACCACAACUGCAUGGUGUCCUAGAGAACAAUACUUUUACGGCUUAAAAGCCGUAAAAAAUAAAUACAAAAAAGUCAAAAUCUUAAACAAAGCAUUAGAUGGUGUAAUGGCUAGCAUUACUGCCUCACAGCACUGAGGUCAUGGGUUCGAUUCCCACCAUGGCCCUAACUGUGUGGAGUUUGUAUAUUCUCCCUGUACUUGCGUGGGUUUCCUCUGGGUACUCCGGUUUCCUCCCACAAUCCAAAAAUAUACUGGCAGGUUAAUUGGCUCCCAACAAAUAUUAACCCUAGUGUGAAUGUGUCUGUGUGUACAUGUGAUAGGAAUAUAGAUUGUAAGCUCCACUGGGGCAGGGACUGAUGUGAAUGGGCAAAUAUUCUCUGUAAAGCGCUGCGGAAUAUGUGUGCGCUAUAUAAAUAACUGGUAAUAAAUAAAUAAAUAAAUAGAUCAAACCCUACAAUUGCCAUUGCAACAUCUCGAAGGGAGAAAAGUCUUACGGGAACAUGUACUAAGCAGUGAUAAAAGUGGAGAAGUUGCCCAUGGCAAUCAAUCAGCAUUGACAUAACAUUUGUAAUUUGCAUACUAUACAAUUGUAUGGAGCAGCUGAUUGGUUACCAAUGGAAAUUUUUCCACUGGUUCACUUCUCCACUUUUAUCACGGCUUAGUACAUGUCUUCCUUAAUGUCAGUUAAAGCUGGUGUUUUCGCAGUAGUCCCCCACCAGCCUUUGGGUUACAGAGAAAGGUGGAAGGCAGUUUUAUUUAUAAUUUUUUAUUUUUUUGUGUGUGUGCAAAUAUUUUUAGCGGUUACAAACUGCUCAUUCCCAUCCGUCCAUGAAUAAGGCAGACGGGGUUAUUCUGUGAGUGGUGUAGCACCAAGAAUAAAAACUAGUAUUAAUGUGUUUUUUAGCAGUAAAAUCUUUUCAUAAAAGACUUUUGUAAAAAUGCGUCAUUCUGAAUAUUCCGUUUAUAUUGCACUCAUUUUUAAAUGAUUUUUUUUUUAUAUUCCUUAUUAUAAAUAUAUUAAUUUAUUAGGUAGUAAUUGUUAAUACUAUAGUCUUGCAACUGCUUCAUAUAUUAACCGCUAUAAAUAAUUACAAUCUGCACAUGUAUUGCUUUUAGUCAUCUGCUUCCUUGGUGUGGGUCUCAUUGUCAUUAGGGUUGUGCAAUUAUUUUCAUUUAGUUUAUAGCUAAUUCUGCUCAUGGCUUAUGAUUCAGUAUUUAUGCCAUUUAAUUUAAGCAACGUUCCACUUUUAAUGAACAUCCCAUAAUGGGCCGUAUUUAAUGAUGUAAUGCUGUAAUCCACGGAAAUUUAAGAUUUGCUUUUAUUUCAUGAACUGCUCUAGAAAAAUGACGUGGCCUGGUUGCUAUGGGUUACAUCAUAGCACACUGAACCUUGACAUACAACCUUAUCACUGUACUGGCACAUCUGCACAUUAAUCUGUAUACUGAAGAGUGCUGUAUAUUAGGAAAGGUCGGCACCUCUCCUAUACAUUACGAUUCUGCCCUUAUAAGGACAGUGGAGUAUAUUUACUAAACAGCAACUUUGGCUGAUAGAUUAAUAACGGCAUUAGACAUACAUGGUAGACCUGGUUUAGCAUUCUUUUUAUUCCUGUUUUCAAUCUAUCGUCAAAGCCGCCGACACUGUAUUUGAUAACCUGCUGGGUGUAAUUAAUACUCCCGUGUCUCAGUUUCACAUAUAGGGGUCGAUGUAUCAAAACAUCUAAAAAAGCAAAAAUAAAGGUAACCAAUCAGAUUCAGGCUGUAUUAGGACCUUUGUAGAAGUUUUGAUACAUUUCCCCUUAGGUAGCUAUAGAUCUCUUUUUAUUAUUAAUGGUUUAUGGUCUGCUUUUCCACAUCCGAUGAUGAAUUGUACCAUUUAAUUUUUUUACUGUUUUCUCUAUAUCAUUAAAUAUAUAAUAAAGAAUGGGAAAAUAUAUAUAUAUAUAUAUAUAUAUAUAUAUAUAUAUAUAUAAUAACUGUAUACUCACUUUCUCCGUCUGAUAUCAA